CUUCCAUGGGCGAUGGCGGCGUUGCAUGCGUGCCUUCGCAGCAUAUUAUGGAGCAGUUUUCGAUUUCCGAGACUUUUUGUGGCGUCAACAAUGGCAAAUUUAAUUCAAAGCCGUUCAAAGUUACAGAGAGAAAGAUGAAGAUGAAGGUCAAAAGAGAGGAAUUUCGGAGGAAGACAGAGUCCGGGAAGGGUGAUUUCAGUUCUGAGAGGGGUAAGAGCAGCAAUACAGAAGUUGAGAACGGUGAAUUUUACAGAGAUAAGGUUCCAAAAGAGGAAGUUGAGGAAGGUGAAUUGGGUUCAUUUGAUAAAUUUCCAAAUGGGGAAUUCAUUCCUGGGAAGCCACGAAAAUUUGAAAUAAGAAGCGAAAUCGAGAGGGGAGAGUGGCCAGUUGAUAAUUGGAGGAAAUGGGAACUAGAAAAGGGAGAGUUUGUGCCGGGAAAGUGGCGGAAAGAAUAUACAGACAAGGGGGAAUUCAGUUCUGGGAGGUGUCGAAGUGAUGAUGUGUCUGAGAAAUGUAGAAAAGGGGAGCCCGAGAAAGCAGAAUUCAGGUUGUGGAGAGGUUCUAAAGCUGAAAUUGAGAAAGGAGAGUUCAUCUCAGAAAGGUGGCAUAAAAGUGAAGUGGCGAAGGAUGAUUACAGGUACCCGAAAAUGCGCCGUGAUGAUUCAGCAAAGGACAAGAGAUGGAAAUGUGAACGAGACUGGACACCUACUACUGGUAAGUAUGCAGCUGAGAAAGAAUUCAAUAGAAGUGGGGGUCUGCAUUUGAAAAGGUCGUCCAGGUGGGAAACUGGCCAAGAGAGAAAUACAAGGCUGGGUUCAAAAAUUGUAGAUGAGGAAGGCUCCUUUAAGACUGAGUACAGCAAUGGGAAGAAUCAUGGAAGAGAAUGCUCUUCUGGUAACCGGUUAAAGCGGCACAGUAAUGAUUCUGACAGCAGUGAUCGUAAACAUUAUGGGGAAUUUAGUGAUUAUAAAUUCUCAAAAAGCCGGAGACUUUCUGAUGAUGGCAGUCGUUCCGUACAUUCGGAGAAGUAUUCAUGCCGGCCUGUGGAGAGGUCUAAAAAUUCCUCUUCCUCAAGGAAUAUUUUCUGUGACAGGUACUCUUCUAGACAUUAUGAAUCUUCUUUGCCUUCCAGAGGAACUUAUGACAAACAUGGUGGUAGCCCACAUCAUUCUGAGUGGUCCCCACGUGACCGGGCCUGCCACUCUGAUCACAGGGGUCGUAGUCCAGUCCACCGUGAGAGGUCUCCAUAUGAUCGGAGCCGGCACUAUGAUCAUAGAAACCUGAGUCCUAGCUACUCGGAGCGGUCCCCACAAGAUCGAGGUCGACAUCAUGAUCGUACAGAUAGAACCCCUAACUUUUCUCCACUUGACAAGGGUAGUAGGCCCAAUAAUUACCGGGAAGCAAAUCAAAAAACUGGAGGAAGUGACAAGAGAUCGAGCCAUUAUGGAAAUAAAGGGCAAGAAGAGAAACUUGAUCAGAAAGAUCCUCACCAUAGAGAUUCACAUAUAUCGGCUAAAGCUUCUCAAGAUAGAAGCAAUUUGUGUGAUGGUAGUGUAUCAGUUGAGAAAAAUGUUGAUCAUCAGUCUCACGUGGAUGAACAGUCUCAAAAUCAAGAAGCGCAUUGCAAAGAGUCUCCUCAGGUUAAUGGUACUACUGAGGAGCUCCCUUCAAUGGAAGAGGACAUGGAUAUAUGCGACACACCACCACAUGUGCCAAUGGUUGUGAAUUCAACAACAGGAAAAUGGUUCUAUCUUGAUCAUUUUGGGGUGGAAUGUGGGCCUUCCAAAUUGUGUGUCCUGAAGGUACUUGUGGAAGAAGGCUUUCUUGUGUCUGAUCACUUGAUUAAGCACUUGGACAGUGAUAGGUGGGUUACAGUUGAAAAUGCAGUUUCCCCAUUGGUGACUCUCAAUUUUCCUUCUAUUGUAUCAGACACUGUUACCCAGCUGGUGUGCCCUCCUGAGGCUCCAGGUAAUCUGUUGGUUGAUGUUGGAGAUACUGUUCGAUGUGCUAAUCAGCUAGGUGAGGAAAUGCCAUCUACUUUUCCGGAACCAACAUUUUCCCCAGCUGAGAAUUCAGCUGUAUUUGAGCCUUUAGAAAAUCUCCACAUUGAUGAGAGAGUUGGAGCUUUGUUAGAAGGUUAUAAUGUUAUUCCUGGCCACGAACUUGAGGCAGUUGGAGAAGUGCUCCAAAUGACAUUUGAUCAUCGAGAGUGGCAGAAAUGGGGGAAUUUUGAAGGCUUCACUUCGCAUUGGUUUGACUCUCUGGAACAGCAUGAUCAUAACACAGGUGAUGGCUUAUCCAGGUACCCUGAACUUGCAAUAAAAGAAGCUACAGAAAUGUUAACAGCUCUAUCUGAUAGGGAUAGUGCCUUUGCCUGUGGUGACUCUAGUAAUUGGUUCUCUAGCCUAUGGUCGUGCAAGGGUGGGGAUUGGAAGAGGUAUGACGAAGAUGCCCAAGACAGAUCCUGGAAAAAGAAGUUUGUCCUCAAUGAUGGCUACCCACUGUGCCAGAUGCCAAAAUCGGGCUAUGAAGAUCCUCGAAGGCAUCGGAAAGAUGAAUUGUACUAUCCUUCUCACAACAGACAGCUUGAUCUCCCACCUUGGGCAUUUUCCUUGCCUGAUGAUUGGAAUGAGUGUAAUGCUGUUGGCAAAUUGAGUCAAUCGAAACCUCCUGUUGUAAGAGGAGUAAAAGGAACUUUGCUUCCUGUCAUCAGGAUAAAUGCAUGUGUGGUUAAGGACCAUGGUUCAUUUGUGUCUGAGCGCUGCAUGAAAGUCAGAGGAAAAGACAGAUACACUUCAAGAUCUGCUCGAGCUCACUCUGGAGCUAGUGAUGUGAAGAGAUCAUCGGAAGAAGGUGGUGGUUCUCAAUCUAAAAGUUUUUAUGAACAAGAAUUGCUGGGCUCUUCCAGGAGUAUCACAUCCGGUAAUAUACCAAAAGACCGUCUCUGCACAGCCUAUGAUUUACAACUACAUUUAGGUGAGUGGUACUACCUUGAUGGUGCUGGGCAUGAACGAGGACCUUUGUCAUUUUCAGAGCUGCAAGUCUUGGCAGAUCAAGGUGUCAUCCAGAAGAAUAGCAGUGUUUUCAGGAAAAUUGAUAAAGUUUGGGUUCCAAUUACAUCUGCUGCAGAGGCUGCUGAAGCAUCUGUCAAGACCCAACAAGAGAUUAUUCGAACAUCUAAUGAUACUUCUGGAGUUUCUCUUACAGAAUCAACAGGUGUUGCGCUUGGUGGAAAUGGCACUGUUUCCAGUUUGUUUCACAGCUUGCAUCCACAGUUUAUUGGUUUUACCCGGGGGAAGCUUCAUGAACUGGUCAUGAAAUCAUAUAAGAGCAGGGAGUUUGCUGCAGCUAUAAAUGAGGUCUUGGAUCCAUGGAUCAAUGCAAAACAACCAAAGAAGGAAAUGGAAAAAUACAUGCAUAAUCAAGCUCUGAUUUCAGGCAAGAGAGGCAGGUUACUGGUUGAUGGAAGCGAAGAAGGUUACGAAAUGGAAGAAGUACCAGGAGUUCAGGAGGAAUGGACAUUCGAUGAUUUGUGCAGCAAUGCUAUUUUUCACAAAGAAGACAAUGCAGGUUCUCAGAUUGAGUCUGGAAGCUGGGGUCUUCUGGAUGGCCAUUUACUGGCACGAGUCUUUCAUUUCCUUCGAACUGACGUAAAAUCCCUUGUAUUUACUGCUUUGACUUGUAAGCACUGGAGAGCAGUGUUCAAGUUUCACAAGGAAAUCUCCAGACAGGUUGACUUAUCAUCUGUUGGCCCUAAUUGCACCGACUCCAUGAUCUGGCCUCUUGAGGUAGAUUUUCCUUGA